AUGGCCUUCAGAAGGCUUGUCAAAGGCCUAACAUCACCAUGGUCUUUAGCAUUCUCAGGCUUUGGUGUUGCCUAUGGUGUUUAUCAUAUUUGGGACUCAACACAAUCAGGUACAAAGUACGAUUUGAAUGAGGAUUUAACUGGGAAAACGUAUAUUGUCACUGGCGCUACUUCAGGCAUAGGACAGGCAGCAGCAGAAGAGUUAGCCAAACGAAAUGCCAGAGUCAUCAUGGCUUGUAGGAAUAGAGAAAAGUGUGUGCAAGUGCGACGUGACAUCGUUCUGAACACUAGAAAUAAACAAGUUUAUUGUCGUCAAUGUGAUCUUGAAGAUUUUGAUAGCAUCCGAUCUUUCGUUCAGAAGGUGUCAAAAGGCAAGUUCGAACUUGAUAGAAUAGAUGGAAUCGUCCAUAAUGCUGCCAUUAUGACUCCGGAGAGAAUAGUGAACAAGGACGGAAUUGAAAAAACAUUGGCAACUAAUCAUAUGGGUAGUUUCCUCAUGACUGCUCUCUUAUUGGAUCAACUUCUGGCUCAAAAAAAUCCCGUCAGGAUAGUAUUUAUGAAUACGAACAUCAUUAACAGGAAUUGUGAAAUUCAAAUGGAUGAUUUGAACUCCGAAAAGAAGAAGAAGUUUGAUGGUUUCGAAGUUUACAAACAGUCCAAGUUAGCUUCAGCCAUGUUUGCUUACGAGUUGAGUCAGCGUCUAGCAGGAACCAAUAUAACUGUGAACGUCGCUGAUCCAGGUAGAACGAAAUCGAACCUCACAGCUCAAAUGGAUCAUCAAACCUUCUUCCUUAGUCGGUGGUUAUUGAAACUAGUCAGUUUUGGAAUGGGUGAACGUCGUACAGAAAAAGCAGUCAGACCGAUCCUUUAUGCACUCUGUGAUCCUGAAAUGUCAUCUACAAACGGUACUUUCAUUGAUCGAGAGAGAGCUCAGCAGGCCUGGGAAAACAAUGUUGAAAAUGCGGAAAAUAGAAAAAAGUUGUGGGCAACUAGUGAAGUUUGGACCAAACUAGGAUCUCAUAUGGCCCAGCUCAAGAGUGAUUUGGGAGAAGCUGGAGUUGCCCUUGAAGGUAAGGUAGAUGUUUCAUCUGCUACAGAACAUAAACCAUCAUGGAAAACGUUGUGGCUCUGGUGA